AUGCCGCGCGUCGCUCACGGCGCUCCCCGCCCCUCCCGCGCCCCGAUUGGCUCUCUGCCCCCACCUGGCCUGCCGCUCAGCCAGCCAGCCAGCGCGGAGGUGGGCGGGGCCCGGCAGCAGCCCGCGGGCUGGGCAGCCUGGCGGGGCGGCGCGGCACUUGUUCGCUGCCGCCCUCUCAGCGGCAGCCGCCAGCCCGGAGCCUGGCGCCGGCCCUGGGCUCCACGCGCCAGCUGCCCGCGCUGCCCGCCGGCGCUGGAGGCAGGCGCGCCAGGACACAGCGGGCAUCCUGCCCUCCGGCGAGCUGCGCCCGUGGAGUCGACCAAGCUGGGGGCCGAGAGAGGCCCUCAGGCGAGGGCCUUGCGGCUGGCAUGGGGCCGCCCUCACCUGAGCCCUCAGCCCAGUUCCCAGCCGUGUGGUGCUCGCCCGGAGCCCUCGCCUGGACCCAAGAAGGCAGCCCAUGCCCAGCUGCUUGCCCGCAACGCUGAGCAGAGCUCUGACCCCUCCCUCAAGCCUCCCCCGAUCCCAAACCCCGAAAAGCUGGAGCUGCGUGUGGUGAAAAUGGAGUCCCACUCUGCAAGCUGGGGUCCGGUACCACCUGCAGGAUCUGGCCUAGAAAGCAGCUACUGCUUCAUUACGGAUGGAAUCGCUCCGCCACAAAGGAUGCUUUUCCCACCCGAGAAGAUUUCUGUGGCUUGGCGGCAAAGGCAAAGUGUUGGAGCUGGACUCCACAACCUGGGCAACACGUGUUUCCUCAACUCUGUUCUGCAGUGUUUGACCUACACUCCCCCUCUGGCCAAUUACAUGCUUUCCGGGGAACACAGCCAGUCGUGUCGUGCGCAAGGCUUCUGCAUGCUGUGCACAAUGGAGACGCACGUUAACCAGGUCCUGUUCUGCUCUGCCAAUGCCAUCGAGCCUACGGCUGUCUUCAGUGACCUUAGACGGAUAGGGGAGCACUUCUGUUUUGGCAGACAGGAAGAUGCUCAUGAAUUCUUACGUUACACCGUGGCUGCUAUGCAGACAGCUUGUUUGAGCGGAAGCACCGACUUGGACAGCUCGUCGCAAGCCACCACGGUCAUUCACCAAAUAUUUGGAGGGUUUCUACGAUCCAGAGUGACGUGCUUGAGCUGCCAAGCAGUUUCGGACUCCUAUGAGGCGUUCCUUGAUAUCCCUUUGGAGAUAACGGCAGCCUCCUCGGUCUCUGGAGCGCUGGAAGAAUUUGUGAGACCUGAACUGCUGGAUGGUGAGAAUUGCUACAAAUGCAGCAAGUGUGAGAAGACGGUUGCUGCGUCCAAGAGGUUUACAGUUCAUCGCUCUUCCAACGUUCUCACCAUAGCCCUGAAAAGAUUUGCAGAUUUCACUGGUGGGAAGAUUAGCAAGGACGUGAACUAUCCAGAGUAUUUGGACCUUCGAGCGUACAUGUCUGAGUCAGCUGGAGAGCCAGUCCGCUACGCCUUGUACGCCGUGCUGGUGCACAGAGGUGCCAGCGGUCGUGCAGGGCACUAUUUCUGCUUCGUCAAGGCCAGUAAUGGACUAUGGUAUGAGAUGAAUGAUGCCUCGGUAGUCCUUUGCGACAUCAACACCGUUCUCAGUCAGCAGGCGUAUUUACUUUUUUAUAUCAGGUGCUGUGAGGAGACACUUGGAGAAGGCACUUCUUACGCACCUGUGCCAUCCCCUGCCCCUUCGUUCCUUGGUCAGCAGGAGGCUAAUAAUAAGCAGGCCGGAUUUCUGGGACCACAGCAUCCUCCUCAUAUGAUGAAGUAUGAUCUGGAUUUCUCUGUGCUCCAUGUUGACAGCGGCAAGCAUAAGGAGAAGAAGAAAAAGAGGAGACCCAUGAAGAAGCUGAAAAGCUUCUUGGAAUGCUCAGAUCCUCGUUUGCAGAAGUGCCCGUGGGAGGAGAAGGAAGAAGCCCAUCCUCCAGGCGGCUCUCUAUGGGAGCAGUAG